AUGGCAAAGGAUCAGAAUGCUAGCCUCAGGCACAUAGUGUGGGAUGCCAAGUUCCUGCAUUCGAAACCCGCUCAAUACUCCAUUGACCCACCAGAUGGCAUUCCCAAAGAAAACUUCACCCUGGCCCUCGCACCUAAACAGCGUAUUGCUGAUAUCCGCAGCUCCGAUGAGACCUUCAAACUGGACACGCACGGCUUUGCGGUCCGGGACAAUCCGCUGCCUCCCAUGAUCUGGGAUGAUGAAAACAUAGAGAAGACUUAUAUACCCAUGUUGAGUGCUAUGUUGCGCGAGGCGGUACCGGAUGCCACCAAAGUUGUUACAUUUGACUAUCGGCUGCGAAGCAGCAGUGAUAGAGUCCCGGAUACCGCUGAACUCGCUUUCAAGAACUUCACUGAAUGGAUUGCACCAUUCGAGAGGGUUCAUGUGGGUAAGACAAUGAGCCUGGUACCGUACAUGUUUGGGGAUCCCAUCGCUGAAUUGAAGAAAGACCAGACUCCGGCCCGAGCAGAGGAAAGAGUGGUUGCUCACAUGGGAGCCGAAGCACCUCAUCUGCUGAAGUAUCGGUGGAGAGCAAUCAAUGUUUGGAGACCGAUUGAGAACCCUGUGCAGGAUUGUCCCCUGGCACUUUGCGAUGCGAGGAGUGUUGGCCCAGGAGACCUCGUUGCCACGGACAAUUACCGCGAAACAUUUUCUGGGGAGUCCUACAACAUGGUCUACAGCCCCAAGCACAAGUGGUACUACCUGAGUGAGCAGACCAAAGAUGAGGUCCUGCUGUUCAAGAUUCACGACUCGUCAGAUGAUGUAGAGGCCAAAUGUGAAAACGUGAAGCCGCGGUCGGCUGCAGAGAAGAAGGCAGAAAUCUACAAACUGCCGACUGUGUUCAGCUACUUCUACACCUAA